UUGAUUUUUUAAAAUUUUUUUGUUAUAGAAUAUUUUUAAAAUAAAAUGCUUGUAAGGAAACACAUGAAGAUAUUUGAAUUAUUGUUAUUUAUGAUUUUAAUAGAAAUAAUUUCCUCUGAAGAUGAAGUUCCACCAAAAGAAUGCUAUGAAAAUAAAGAGAUUCAGGAUGUAACACGACUUUUUUCAAAGCAAGAUAUUCCAACUUCUAGUGCUAGUGAUAUUAAUUUAGAAAUGGGCUGGUACCGAAUAAUGGGUGAUGCUGGAAAUAGUUUGAAACAAGGUUUUGAUAAAUUUUUAGCAACAGGAAGCUCACCACCAAAUUUUUGUGGCACUGAGUUAGCAGGCACAUUGAUGGAGGAGCACCCUACAAAAGAGGAAGGAAUCGUAGAAAUGACAGUAUGUUUUAGAGCAAGAUAUUGUUUUUUUAGUAACAUACAAUUUUGUUUAUGCCAAGGAAAGCAAAUAAUAUAUGUGCGUAAUUGUGGAAAGCAUUUUGUGUAUUGGUUAUUUCCAACGGGUGAAAAAAUGAGAUAUUGUACUGGAAGUAUGGGAAUGAUGGGUGCACCAAUAAAAUCAGGCAAAUCUACAGCUGUGGAGUGCACAGAGUAUAAGUUAGAAGAAUCCUCUUCUCGCAUAUGGGAUAAAGUUUCAGAUGUUGUUUGUGAUACCGAGGUUGGUUGGGUAAGAUUUAGUGCUGAAUCUGGAGCAGAGAUUGCAUCUAAAUGCACAAAGAACACCAAUCCUAUAACACGAUUUGGGCAAUCAUGUGGAGCAGAAUUUCGUGGUUGGAUUAUGGAUCGACAUCCUUCAUUAGAAGAAGGACGUGUGCAACGAAGAGUAUGUUUUUCAUAUGCAGACCAGUGCUCUUGUGAAUUCUUUUCAAAUAUUUAUGUUAGAAAUUGUGGUGGUUUUUAUGUUUAUCGCUUUAAUAAAGUGCCUAUAUGUAAUGCAAGAUAUUGUGGUGCUCCUUCUAAUUCACUUUCAAAUGUUAAUGAUCCAUCUAAGCCAGUCAUUAUUAAAAGCAAAGAUUUGUGCUCAGUUCGCUACAAUAUAUUACAUGAUCCAGAUCGUUUGUGGUCGUUUACAAGUCCAACUGUUUCUAAAUGUGAUGCACAUUUGUACGGAAAAUAUAGGUUUGGCUCUAAGUAUACACCUUGGACAAUUAUAGAAGGUUGUAACUCUUCAGACUCGGCAAUAGUGACCCAUAGAUGUGGAUCAGAAUACCAAGGUUAUAUGAUAGGAAAACAUCCCACUAGAAAAGGAGAGCUAGUGCAGCGAGUUAUAUGUUUUCAAACACCUAAAAUUGCUUGUCAAUGCCAGCAUACUGUUUCAAUAGAUGUACAAAAUUGUGGGGAUUUUUUUGUAUAUGAUUUUAAAAGUGUUCCAUAUUGCAACUCUAGAUUUUGCAUGGUUGCUAACAAAUCAAAAGCAAUUACAAUUGACGUUGAUCGUCCUCCGUUAUAUGAAAUUCCACCUCAUGGCUACAAUCCUGUUGCCAUAAAACAAGAACAAAAAAAAGAUAACAGUUUGGCAAGCACAACGACAGUAUUAUCGAUAAUUAUAUUCAUUAUUAUUAUUCUACUAAUUCUACUUGUAUUAUUUAUACUUUACAUGAUUUGGCCUGUAUACAAAAGAAGGCGCGAUGAAAAAUUUUACAGUACUGCUGAAGAGCCUAAACCUUCGAGUAGUAAUGGUGUUUUUUUUCGUGAUUCAAAAGAUAAAAAAGAUAAAACCGUAGUUAAUUCAAUACCACCCUUUCCAAAUGAACCUCCUCCACGGAAACCAGUUUCUGAUCAUGAUUCAGAGAUUGAAAUGGUUCGUGGACCAGAUGAUGACUUGCAGACAAUACCGGAAGGAAAGGAGCUGGAUGAUUCUACUGAUGAAUACCACAUGCUAAUGAAGAAAGAAGAUUAUAAGAAGCCAAGUUCUUACAAUAAUUUUGAUACAGAAAUCUAAACUUCUAUAAAUAAUAAAAGACAUCUUUUAUUUCAUCAAAAGACUUUGGUCUGAAUCUUACGUGUAACAACAAAUAUUGUAUACAAACUAAUUUUAUUUUUAUAACAUUGUUGAUAUAAAUGUUUUUUCCUAUAUAUAAGGGAUUUUUUAUUUGGUCUGUAAAUUUGUACAGUGGACUUACCAUUAAAAGAAAUAAACCUUUGUUACUAAA